UACGCGCACUUUACAGAUCAACGCAAGUCGGUCUGAUUUGUCGGAGAAGCUGUCCCACUAUUCAUCGAUUUCUAUGGACGAAUAUAAGGAGAUAGCACUGCUCUAUGCAGAUGAAACAAGAAGAAAGGUCAAUGAACUUUGCUCAGGAUUAGAGGCAUGGCAGAUCAUUGCCUACUCUGUUGGGGUCACAUUGCUAUUGAACUGGCUCUACAACUUCCUGUGUCAUCCCAGGCUUACCAUAAAGCAGCGCAUCGUGCAAAACUUUUUCAAGUUUGUGAAAAGUCUUCCAAUUAUAAAAGACAAGAUCAAAGCAGAGAUAGACAAGAAUGUAUCAGACAUUGCCAGAGACCUUUUUCCUCUGAAGCCAGGUGAUAGCUAUAUCACAGAGCUACCUGCAAAAGGGCUUACCAGAGAGAAUAUCUUGAAUAAAGUCAAUAAAGACUACAAGCCCAUGGGGGGUAUUGAUUGGAAAGGGGGCAAGGUGUCUGGCUGUGUGUAUGCAGGAACAGAUGAGUUAGCAGCACUAGCAGCCACGAUGUAUGAAGACUUUGCCUGGACCAACCCUCUUCAUCCUGAUGUUUUCCCAGAUGUUCGCAAAAUGGAGGCCGAGAUUGUUGCUAUGACGCUUAAGAUGUUUAAUGCUUCUAAGUCGGGCUGCGGCACAAUGACAUCCGGUGGGACAGAAAGCAUCUUAAUGGCCCUAGCUUCCUACAGAGAUUUGGCUACAGAGAGAGGCAUUGAAUACCCUGAAAUCAUUGCCCCAGUGUCAGCCCAUGCUGCGUUUGACAAGGCUGCCCAUUACUUCCGCAUGAAGCUUGUCCAUGUGCCUCUAGAUCCAGUCACUCAACAGGCGGAUGUCAGGGCAAUGAGGAGAAAGAUUAACAAGAGGACAGCUGUGCUGGUCGGCUCAGCUCCGAUGUUUCCAUUUGGAGUCAUGGACCCUAUUGAAAAGAUUGCAGAGCUCGGUGACUACUACAACAUUCCAGUGCAUGUAGAUUCGUGCUUGGGUGGAUUCCUUGUCCCUUUCAUGGAAAAAGCCGGUUUCCCUCUAGCUCCCUUUGAUUUCAGAGUCAAAGGUGUUACAAGUAUAUCUGCUGAUACUCAUAAGUAUGGCUAUGCCCCUAAAGGCUCAUCGGUGAUCAUGUAUAGUGAGAAGAAAUUCCGCCAUCCUCAGUUUUUUGUGUCUCCUGAUUGGACGGGAGGCAUCUACGCCACGCCUACUAUUGGAGGGAGUCGAGCUGGAGCCAUUAUUGCUGCCUGUUGGGCUACGAUGAUGUAUUUUGGUGAAGAUGGAUAUGUUGAGAACACCAGGAAGAUUGUCUCUACUACGAGGAAGGUUGCUGAAGAAGUUGGUAAGAUCCCCGGCCUCUUUGUGUAUGGCAAUCCUGAGGUGAGCGUGGUAGGCGUGGGGUCAAAGGUCUUCAACAUCUACCGUCUGUCAGGAGCCCUCACCGAGCGAGGGUGGAACCUCAACUCCCUUCAGUUCCCUUCAAGCUUCCACCUGUGUGUGACCCUGCGUCAGACAUUUCCUGGAGUAGCCGAACAGUUCAUCCAGGAUGUCAAAGAGUGUACAGAAGAAAUCAUGAAGACGCCCAACGAAAAGGCGUCAGGAAGUGCUGCUUUGUAUGGGACUGCCCAAGCCAUUCCAGAUCGCUCCCUGGUAACAGACAUGGCCAGAGGAUACCUAGAUGCCUACUACUCAACUGAUCCCAUUGAAUAAGCACCAUAGUGUUAAAUUUUGAUUACCAAUCGUAUUGAAUAAGCACUAUAGUGUUAAAUUUUGAUUACCAAUCAUAUUGACUAAGCACCAUAGCGUUGAAUUUGGAGUACCAAUCCCAUUGAAUUAGCUCCAUAAUGUUGGAUUUUGAUUACCGAUUACAUUGACCAUAGUGUUAAAUCUGGAGUGUCAUGUUAGCAUUUGGUGUUUAUUCUAAAUCUUCACUAUAAAUUUGUUUAAACAUGUCACUGUUACUACUGAGGCAAGCAUGAUGUGUGCUCAUCAGCUAGUUAAAGGUUAGAUGAUAUUUGAUAAAGCACAAUAGUGUUACAUUUUGAACAUGAUGUUUGCAUUUGGUUCUUUAAAAUUUAAAGCAAAUAGAAAUUUGAUGCUGCUUGUAAGUAUCGGCUUGCGUGGUGAUGUAGAUAUAAAGUAGGCUUGCGGUAGCACCAUGUGAGAGAGAGAGAGAGAGGAUUGAGGAGUCCUGAAAAGGACUCUCUGUAAUCUUUCUUGAGGGUGUGUAGUCCUGAAAAGGACUGUUGGUGUAGUCUUGGAAAUUUGUUGUGACAACAUUUCACUGUUACUUUGGGUGAGAUAUGUACUCGUGAUAAUAAUAUUUACUUUUUCUUUUUCUUUUGAAUUCAGUAUGAACAUGAGUAUUGUUGGAUGUAUAUGAAAAAUUAUGAAUCGAUAGAAACAUAGAAAGAAAAUAAACAAAAAGAGAAAGAACUAAAUCUGUAUCUUGUUCUGUAAGAAUAAUUUCUUUUCAAUUUCACAAAGUAAUAUGUGAUUACUAUAACCAUGAUACGCAUCAAAUAUAAAUAAUGAAAUAAUUACAGGCCUUGUUUUUCAAAUACUAUGCAAACUUGUCAUGAUCCUUGUUCGUGAUUCAAUUGUGUUACCACUGCUGUUGGGUAAUUUUGGCAUAGAUAGCAAUCUUGAUAUUUUCUGGAGAAAUAGUAGCAUAAAAAGAGUUAGCGUAUUUGUGUAUUAAUUUUGUUACAACUUUUUUUGUUGGCAGGGUGUCAUUUUGUAACUAUAUGUAGGGAAUGUUUAAUGAGCAUUCACUUUUAAGUGUACUAAAGUACUUUACAUUCCAUUUUGAUAGUCUUGUAUUUCUAUUUUGAUUGUUUGAAUAAACAUCCUAUAUAUUUGACAUGUGCCAUUAUUAACUGUCAAAAAUUUAGUUAAAUAAAAAUAUUGGUAUUUUCAAUGAUUAUUAUAUGUAUAAUGUAUCACCAUUUGUGCUUCUAAAUGUUCUUAAUAAUCUAAAAGAUCUUACUGUAGUUUAAAAAAUAAGAGGAUCUUUCUAUGUAAUAAACAAAAAAUGAUUCUGCCUUAAAAUGAAUACUCUUUUGAUUAUAUUUGUUGCAAUUAAUAUUGAAAAUAUGUGUAUAAAUUGGUAAAUUGUUCUAAAUAUUAUAUAUAUGUUUACAACAUGUAUUUUGAAAGCUUUAUUGGUUAUCUUCUACAUCUUGUAACACUUGAAGUGCAUUGGGUGCUUUGUAAUGCUUCAAUUCUAUUUCAUCUAAAACUUUUGACAAAGAAGUCUUGUCUCAUUUUAAAGGGACUGGAUUGGCAGUUUCCAUGUGCAGAAGGCCAUGAUUCGCUGACACCAGACUUGGUGGAAAUACCAUUAAUGGGAGUAUAAAUCUGCACACAGCAAACCUGUUGGCCAGUCAAGAAUUACCCCCUAAUCGCUCUGAGAGCUUCGGGCAAGGGUGAAAAGCGAAGCAUUACAUAUGGUCUAAUGGUCAUAAAACUAAAGGCUAUUAAACCCUGGUGAUUGACAACACCUGUUAUUGGGUAAACACCCAAACAGCUGACUUCUAUGUGACUUUAAGUUCCAUUUGCUUCAUUAAUUGUGAAGAUAGGUAUGGAACACUGUUUGCAUUUAGAUGAAAGGUGACAAUAAGGACUCAUAAUUUGAAACCUGUUGUACAAGAGCUAAACUUGUUGCUUGCUUGUUGACCUCAUGACAUAGCUGAGAUUUCUAUAUUGUACUCUAGCAUUUCAUUCCUCCUUUUUUUUAUUACUUUUGUAUGAAAGGAGUCAUACUUGAUCUAUGAAUUUGUGCCUUCUUGAUUAACUAAUAGUUCAUUACGACUUCAAACAGUUCUCAACAAACUAUACAUGAUUAAUUGUUUUUGAAACUCAAGACAUGAAAUAUAAAUAUUGUGAUGAUAAAUAGUUGUGUAUUUAAUCUUUUGAGAUCCAUGAAAUUAUCACUUAACAGUUUCAAAGUCUAAGAGAGCAGUGAUAAGUAAGAUAAGCUGAGUACAGGUAAGUAUGUUUCUUAUGUGAAUUAUUAUUAUAAUUAUUUAUAGUAUGACUUGAUUAUAAUAUUUUCCAACAUAGAGUCUUAAAGAUUUAUGAAAUAUUGCUUGUAAACUUCUUCAAAUUGCUGUUUUAAAUCAAUAGUCUGGAUACACAUGUCCAGACACAUAACGUCCGGGUACAUGCAUUUGGUUUGAUAGUCUUAUAUGUAUAGUACUUGCCAUAAGGUACUUACCAAAUUUCAAAUGUUUUCAAAUUUGUUUUACAACAUCACCAGACUCUGAUGAAUAAAAUAUGUAGUCAAACAUUAAUUGACAAUAUAUAUUGUUAAUGCAAUUCCAUUCAAUUCAAUUGAACUUUAUUCCAUAAAUGCAAAUGAUAUGAACCAUACAUAUGAAUGUUUACAAUUAUUUACAGUGAAGUACAUGGAUAAAAUAAGUAGAACGACAGAAACAAGUUAAUGUAGGCAUAUUUAAAGAACAAAAGCAAAAGCAGAAGGGGUAGUCAAUAAAAAAUGAUUUGCCGUGGACUACUCUAAUUCAAAUGAAUAUCGUCUCAUUACUUCCACGGAUGUUUUCAUUUUCAAUGACUGAAAUUAAAUCAUGUUCUCUACCAAUAA